AUGGCCGACGCGGAGCUCCAACAGCUCUUCGCCGCCGGCAAGGCCAUUGAGCCCGACGUGGCGGCUGAGCUACAGUCAAUAAUUCGCCUGCACAGCAUCUCAGCCGAGGACCUAUUCUACAAAUGGGAGUCGUACUGCAUCAAGCUGGACGUCGACGCCGGUGACGCCCUGACGCUGGACAACGUGCGAAACCUCAAGAAGAACAUGCUGGACGCGCUGGCCACGGCGGCCACGGCGCCGUUGGCCGGGUCCGCGUCGGCUGUCAAGCCCAAGGCGGAUAGAAGGGUCGCGUCGACGCCGAGGGCCGCCAGUGGAAGAGGCGCGGGAGGGGACAUGUACGGCAUGCUGGACGGCCUGAUGCCGAGCACGCCGGCGUCGGGCUCCAAGCUCAACAGGAGGGUGGCGCCAGGCAGCGCGGGUGGCAGCGCGCUGCGGCGGAGGAUGGAGACGUCUAAGAUUUCGAGCUCGCCGGUCGGUGGCAUGAGCGAGCAACUCGCCGACAUGGGUGGCCUACCCUCGUUUAACGAUCGCCCGAACCCCGGCGAGGUCCUCGAGGUCCUCAACGGGCAGCUCGCGUCGGCGACGCCCCCGGCGGCACCGUACCCCGAACCCCGCGUCAAGCUGACGGCGGCGUCGGACCAGAAGAAGAUGGCGUACAAGCCGCUGGCGAUGAAGCUCUCCGAGGCGAGCGAGAUCCUCGACGACCGCAUCGACGACGUGGCGACGCUCGUGCAGCAGCACCACAAGCUCGACGACGACGUCUUUGGCAACGCCGCCCGGCAGGGCACGACGGAGAUUGUCGCCGUGGGGCGCGUGGCCUCGGACGCGGCCGAGGGCCGGCUCAACGCGGCGAGCCUGGUGCUCGAGACGUCGCGCCGCACCGGCAUGGGCUUCCGCGUGCCCCUCAACCUCGAGGCCCUGCCCGCCUGGAGCGUCUUUCCGGGCCAGAUCCUCGCGCUGCGCGGCAGCAACGCGACGGGCAACGAGUUUGUGGUCCAGGAGCUGCUGCCGCUCCCGCUGCUGCCCAACGCCGCCUCGACGGGCGAGGCGCUGGCGGCGCACGAGGAGCGGAUGCGCGUGCGCGACCCAGACGCCAUGACGGUGGACGAGGAGGAGGGCACGCCGCCCGCGCCGCCGCUGACGUUGUUCUUCGCGGCCGGCCCGUACACGGCCGACGACAACCUCGACUUUGCGCCGCUGCACGCGCUGUGCGAGCAGGCGGCCGACACGCACGCCGACGUGCUCGUGCUCGCGGGCCCCUUCCUCGACGCCGACCACCCGCUCAUCGCCGCCGGCGACUUUGACCUGCCGGCCGACCUGCCCGACGCGGACGCGGCCACCAUGGCGACCGUGUUCCGGCACCUGGUGGCGCCGGCGCUGACGCGGCUCGCGACGACGCGCCCGCACGUCACCGUCGUCCUGGUGCCGUCGGUGCGCGACGUGCUCGCCAAGCACGUCUCGUGGCCGCAAGAGGCCUUUUCGCGGCAGUCGCUCGGCCUGCACAAGGCCGUGCGCAUCGUGUCCAACCCCAUGACGCUGUCCGUCAACGAGGUCGUCCUCGCCGUCUCCAGCCAGGACGCGCUGUGGGCGCUCUACGCCGAGGAGCUGGCCAGGGCCGCCCCCGGCGACCUGACGGCGCGUCUGUGCAGGCAUCUGGUCGAGCAGCGCCACUACUACCCCGUCUACCCCCCGACCGACCGCGCCCGCCUCCCCAGGACCGGCACCGACGACGGCCUCGCCACCGGCGCCGUCCUCGACCUCAGCUACCUCAAGCUCGGCGAAAUGGUCAAUGUGCGGCCGGACGUCAUGCUGACGCCGAGCGCGCUGCCGCCGUUUGCCAAGGUCGUGGAGAGCGUGCUCGCCAUUAACCCCGGAUACCUGUCCAAGCGCCGCGGCGCCGGCACGUACGCGCGUAUGACGCUGCACCCGCCCAAGAUUGAGGGCGACGGCCUACAAGGUCACUGCGUCUUUGAGCGAGCCAAGGUGGAAAUUGUGAGGAUAUGA